GAUACGCACCACGCCAUUUCGAUCAACUGGUCAAGAACAAAGGAAAUCCAAGUUUAUUUUGCAUGGAGAAAGAAGGUAUCAGUAAGACAAAGACAGCCAAUCAUGUGAAGCAGCGAUCAAAGAAAAGAAGAAAAUUAAAAAGAAGUCGGAGAUUUCACAAACAUGAAGUUGAGGAAGAAGUUAAGUGUGCCUCUUCCGCGUCUGAUUCAGAUGAAUCUCUGGGGACUUUUUGCGAUAGAUAUGAAAGAAAACAGAAAACAAAGAAAGAUGUAAAUCCAAAUCCCCCGGUCAGUGCCCAAGAGGAUACACCUUUAUCUUCAAGCCUUUUCCAGGACCCAUUGAUGAAGGACUUUAAAUCUUAUGUUGCAACAAAGAACAAAUUAAAGAGGAAAUGGGGAAUGUCAACUGUCAAGUCUGAAUGAGGAAUUUUUCAUUGUUUUCUUGAUGGACCUUCAUGAUCAAAAGCGAAAGAGAAAGUUCUGUAUGACCUGCAAUGAGGAAUUUUCAAACAGGUACUUUGCAAGACAUACAUGUAAAAAGAAACCCAUUCAUGACCAGACGAGUGCUGCUAGUGAUCAAGAUGUGCAAACAACCAAUCUCUCGGACACUCCGUCUACAUCCAGAGCCACAGUUGACUGCUUUAUGGAAACAGAAGAAACGGAAGCAUGUGCCGCAAGUGAUCUUGAAAGGAAUGAGUUAUCGUCCGACACUGAAAGUGACUGUGAAGGUACAGUUAUUGAUGAUGAAUUGUUAGAAAUGAUAAUUCAAAGCAGUGAAGGAGAGUCGACAUCUGAUAUAGAAACUGAAGACCAGGAAACUUUGUAUGUUCAAACAAUAUUGAAACUUCUCUUUAGGUGGCAGUCAGUUUUUUUUGUUUCAGAUCUUGCAUUAUCUUUUAUAGUUUUGUUGCUCAAGUCUGUGUUUUAUCUGUGUUCAUUCUCUUCCACUUUUCUUGACAAGCUUUACAGGAAAUUUCCAUCAACUGUAUAUCAAGCAAAUAAUGCAUUGCAUUUAAAGUUAGAUAAUUUUAAGAAAUAUGUUGUAUGUCCAAAAUGUUUUACAUUGUAUGAAUUUUCUCAGUGUAUUCAAUCAGUUGAAGGUAGAAAUAUUUCAAAGAAAUGCAGCAAAAUAGUUCAACCCAACCACAAACUUGCUCAUUUCAGAAAACCUUGUGGUGAAAUACUACUAAAUGAUGUCACAGUUAAAGCAAGUCUUUUAGCACGGAAAACAUAUUGUUACAAAAGUCUGAAGGAAAGUGUACAUAGACUUGUGAAGAAAAGGGGAUUUGAAGAAUUAUGUAAUAAUUGGAGAAAUCAAAGUUCUUCUGAAGAUAUAUUAAGUGAUGUUUAUAAUGGCAAUAUUUGGAAAGACUUUAAUGGAAGAAAAUAUGAUUUUUUUACAGAGCAAAGAAAUUUUGGACUUAUGUUAAAUGUAGAUUGGUUUCAACCUUUUAAAUAUUCAAAUUAUUCUGUUGGUGCUGUUUAUCUAUCAAUUUUAAAUUUGCCACGAGAAGAGCGCUUUAAACGAAACAACAUUAUUUUAGUGGGUAUAAUACCAGAUUGUAAAACAGAACCUCCCACAAAUACUUUUUUGGAACCAUUAGUGGAUGAGUUGCAAGAGGCAUGGGAGGGUUUUUAUUUGUAUAGUUAUACAUCCCCCUCUGAUCCUGUAAAAUACAGGCUCGCCCUUUUGUGUGUAGGGUGUGAUAUCCCAGCAAGCAGAAAGUUGUGUGGGUUUCUUGGUCAUUCAGCUACAAUGGGGUGUAACAAAUGCUUUAAAAGGUUUGAAGGAGAUAUUGGUCAAAAAAAUUAUGGUGGAUUUAAUUUGAAGGAAUGGGUGGAACGUGAUAAAGAUUCCCAUAUGAAGGUGGUCAAAGAAAUUAUGAAAUGUAAAACCAAAUCCCAUAGAGAAGAGAUAGAAAAGAAGAAUGGGAUAAGAUAUUCAGUACUUUUAGAGCUUGAUUAUUUUGAUCCUAUUGCUAUGACAAUAAUUGACCCAAUGCAUAAUUUGUUUUUGGGAACAGCAAAACGCAUGUUAACAGUAUGGAAAGAUCAGAAGCUUCUUUUGCCAGAACAUUUUGAUAAAAUACAAGAAAAAAUUGCAAUGGUCAUUUGUCCCUCAGAUAUUGGCAAAUUGCCUCAAAAGUUUUCCUCAAGCUAUGGUUCAUUUAAUGCUGACCAGUGGAAAAACUGGACCAUUAUAUUUUCAGUUUAUGCACUUAAAGGUCUUCUCCCUGAUAAUCAUUUAGAAUAUUGGCGGAAAUUUGUUUUGGCAUGUAAAAUUUUGUGUACUCGAUCACUAGGCAAAAGCAAUGUUAAGGUAGCACACAAGUUGCUCUUGUCAUUUUGUGAAUCUGUAGAAAAAAGCAUUUGGUCAAGAGGCUAUUACACCAAAUAUGCAUUUGCAUGCUCAUUUACAUAAGUGCUUGAAUGAUUUUGGUCCUGUAUAUGCAUUUUGGCUCUUCAGUUUUGAAAGAGAAAAUGGAAUAUUAGGUGCUAUUCCAUCUAAUAAUCGAUUUGUUGAGCUACAGCUUAUGAGAAAAUUUUUAAAAACUUUGCAUGUUGUUGAUAUUGACUGUGAGGAAAGUGUAAUUCAAAACUUUGGACCAGAUUUUAAGAAGAUUGUGUCUAUGAUUGAUGGAAAAGAUAGAGGUACAUUAGCAGAAAUGCAGAUGUGUCAGUAUGAAAGUUUUUUUCACAUGUCUUCUAGAAAUGUAGAUUUUUGCUAUUUUGAUUGGUCAAUUGAUGCAUUCAUUACAAAAGGUUUUUCCCAUUCUACUUUAAGAAAUUCCUUUGUCAAUGAUGGAGAUAUUUCUUUUUUGAAGGAUCUGUAUGCUGUUAUAUAUGCAAAUUUUGAAACUUUUGUAGUGUGCAACACAUGUAGAUCAACUGACAGUGUAAAUUUUUUUGGAAAUCUUGUUGGAACUAAGAAAGGUAGAAGCAAUCGUUCCUCAAUGAUCACCGGCCAUUGGGUAGGUGAAAAUGGACAUAUUUCAUCAUUUGAGAAUAUGAAUCUCAAACCUAGACCGGGACAAGUUGAGAAAAUAAUUCUACAUAAUGUUCUCAUUGAGGGAGUAUCACAUGUUCAUUGUCUUGCAAGGGUUAAAUGGUUUUCACCUGUUAAUGAAUCUUUACAAAAUUAUUAUGGUAAACCUAUUGAAAUUUGGAAAGCAGAUGUAUAUGAGGAUGAGGGACCUGCUAGCUUCAUUCCAAUUCAGAGAAUAAAAUCCAAAUUUGUUCAUGCAUAUCAGAAUUUUCAAGGUGUUAACGGAAUUGUUGUUAUACCAAGAGAGAGAUUUUUAUUUUGAAUUGUAUUGGAUUGCAGGCUCAAGCAUGUUUUGAUACUGUUUUAGUUUUCUUUUCCCACUACAAAUCAUAUUUAUUUUAUUAUGGUUAUUAGUGUUAUAGAGUUGUAUAACAAUUAAUGCUACAAAUUAUUGUAUGUAAUUUUGAAAUGCAUUUCAUUUGUACAAUGGAUUUUGAAUAUGAAGUUCAGUUUGUGAAGUUUUCUAUAUGCUAUAUGCUAUAUUUUAUUAACUUGUAGUUUUUUUUGGUUUAACAUGCUUGUUUGUGUUUGUCAGAAAGAUAUAUAUGCUUCAUGCUGAUGUUUUUGUUUUUUUUAUGUAGAUUGAAGAUGUCUAUUUUUUGUCUGACAACUAGAUUUGUACACAAAUAUCAAAUUUAUUUGCCUAUUGUUUAUGAUAUCCAUUGAAAUUUUGUUGUAUAGAUAUAGUAUAGAAUCAGAGGUUGUGCACAUACAAUAUUUUGUGAAGCUUUACACAUUGUAACAGGUUCAUAGUCACCUCAUUUUUAUAUGCAUAACAAAAACUUGUGAAGUCGAGCACAUGCAAUUUUGUGUGAAGCUGGACACAUAGGUAAACACCUAUCUCAUCAUCAUUCUACACCGCAAAAACUUGUGAAGUCGAGCACAUGCAAUUUUGUGUGAAGCUGGACACAUAGGUAAACACUUAUCUCAUCAUCAUUCUACACGACAAAAAUUGUGAAGUCAAGCACAUGCAGUUCUGUGUGAAGCUGGACACAUAGGUAAACACUCAUCUCAUCAUCAUUCUACACAACAAAAACUUGUGAAGUCGAGCACAUGCAGUUUUGUGUGAAGCUGGACACAUAGGUAAACACUUAUCUCAUCAUCAUUCUACCAGACAAAAGCUUAUGAAGUUGAGCACAUGCAGUAUUGAUAUAUAAAGCCAUAUCAUGCGCAAAAAAUGCACACUCACUUGCACAAGGUGCAUACUCUACAUUUUUAAAGUGUUUCAUUUAUUAUGCAUCAUGACUUGUUAUAAGAUGUAGAAUUUUUUAUAAAACACAUUAAGUUUCAAUGCUUCACGUUAAUAUUUUAAAAUAAAUAUAUGCAUUGUUUUUUAUUUUGAUAUGAACUAUUAUAUUAUGCAAAUUUUGUCAAUAAAAAUAUAAAAAUUGCA